AUGAGUGCUUUCACCCAUGCAGUACGCCAACUUGGGCAUCUACUUAGCCUCAAGAAGCACUCAGACAAGAUUCAGUGCAAAACAGAUGAAUCGGGAAGCAAUAAGAAAGGCGUCUCAGAAUCACUUAUUGAACUCCUACUGAAUCCAGAGAUACAAAAGGUCGGCAUUUGGGGAAUGGGGGGUGUGGGUAAAACUUACAAUGUGAAGUAUGCCAUUGACAUGGUGAGAGAAACAAACAGCGGCCGGUCGUUCGAUCACAUCGUUUUUGUGAGUGUUACACAUGAAUGGAGCAUAAGAGAUGUGAGGAAUGACAUAAUUAAGGAACUAUCCAUGGAAGAAGAGUUAGGUGAAAAUGGAGGGGCAAGUUUGUUGCAUCAGAGGCUGAAGGGAACAAGAUUCUUGUUGGUUUUGGAUGACCUGUGGGAAACUAUUAGCCUUGAGGAGUUGGGCAUUCCUGAGCCCACCAAAGAAAAUGGCUGCAAACUUUUCUUGAUUACCCGAAUUCAUAAUGUUUGUGAACUCAUGGGUGCCCAAGCAAAAGUUAAAGUUCCAACUUUUUCCAGGGAAGAUGCAUGGGAAUUAUUCUGUGAAGAAGUUGGCAGCAUGGUGCUCUUGCCAAACAUUCAGCCCUUAGCCAAAAGCAUCGUGGAUGAAUGCGGGUAUCUACCGCUUGCUGUGAAAGAAAUGGGAAAGGCCAUGAAUAGUUCAAGUGAUGAGGUUAUAUGGUUAAACUCAUUGAGUAUCAUGAUGCAGUCGAGGCCACUGAACAGUAGCAUGGAGCUAGUGUUCAGACAAUUGAAAUUAAGUUAUGAUCAGCUAAAAGAUGUAUUAAAGCAUUGCUUCCUAGCUUGCACAUUCUUUGGUGAUAACCAUGAGAUCAGCAUACCAUAUUUGGUUGAGAACUGGAUGAUGUGUGGUUAUGUUGAUAUUGCAGAUGAAAUGUUGCUAUCUGAGGCCUAUGAGAAGGGGCUGCAUCUGUUGAAAGAGCUGCUAGAUGCUAGCAUGUUGGAGCUUUCCAAGGACAGAGAUCAUAUUACUAUCAAUAAUAUGAUGAGGCACAUGGGCUUGAUGAUAAAGUCGUCCAAGUUCAUAAUGAGAGAUGGCCUGGAGCAACUUGAGGGACCAGAAGAAGAAGAAUGGAAAGAAGCAGAGAUGAUAUCAUUGAAGGCCAGUGGAAUAUCAAGCCUCCAUCAAAGCCCGGACUGUCCAAAUCUCACUGUCUUGAUUCUUUACAACAACUUGCAACUAAGAAGCAUCUCUCCAAGCUUUUUCGAGCAAAUGGCAGAGCUUCAUGUUCUUGAUUUAUCAUGGGCAGGACUGGACUCUUUGCCAGAGUCUAUCUCCAAACUUACCAACCUUCACUAUCUCGAUUUAGCCUAUUGUAGGUGCUUAAAAAAUUUGGCAUGUUUGGGGUCACUAAAGCAGCUUUUAGUUCUUGACCUCUCUGUUACUCCAAUCGAGGAGAUGCCAGAAGAGUUGGGCAACUUAACUAGACUUAGGCAUCUGUUUCUUUCUGCUACAGUUAAUCUCAGCAGAAUUGCAGGUGGAAUUUUCAACAAACUUUCCAAAUUGGAAAUCUUACAGAUGCGUGCUAGCUCAUACGCUUGGCAGCACAAAAGCAAAGAAAAAGAAGCCAGUUUGCAGGAGUUAUUAGGCCUGAAAUGCUUGUCUACUCUAGUUAUUACUGUAAAGGGUGUAGGUGAUUUUGAGUUCCUUCGCAACAACGCUGUUCAGGAAAUUUGGAAGAACACCAUGGGCGUUGAGUGCUAUAUACGAGGACUUUCAGUAUGCAUGAAAUUUGAAGGAAAAUUUAAUAGUUGGUCUAGUGAAAGACAGGAAGAAGAUUUGGCUGGUUCCAUGUUAUCAAGAGCUGCGUCUACCAUUGAAAAGCAAGGGAAAAGAUUCUUCGAUAUGUAA